AGCUUACUGCAAAAUAGGUGGCCAUCAAAUUCACGCACUCCGGCCAUUGGACAAACGAGAAGCCUCACCAUUACAGGCCCAGCACCGUGGUUCUUUGAAAAAUACAGCGCUACCAGAAAUCCACUGAGCUGCACAUACAAAAGCUGCUCUUCCAGAGACUCGUCGUGGAGAUCGCCUAACACUUCAAGACCGACUUGCACCUGUAUACCUUCGCCAGAGCCGGAGGCCUCCGCGGUUUAUCUUGUAGGGCUCUUUGAGGGCCAGAUCACACUACAAAAAUGCACUCCGGAUGGAUUCUGGAUACGUUUUUGCUUACAGUUCACACUACAUGCAGUUUCAGUGCAAUUUUGA